GACUGGGGCUGCGACGUGUGUCUCCGUCCUCCGUGGGACACUGCAGUCGCUCGCAAGUUGCGUUCUCGCAUCUUCCACGCAGCAAGACGACGCUGCAUACUAUACCUUGACGCCUUUUGUUCGUCGUCUUCCGAGAGGUCUCAUCUCGGUCGCGAUCCAAGCAGCCAACCGCCGCCUUCGAACAAACGUUUCUGGUUGAAGUUGCAAGCGUCGGACUCAGCGGCAUGAUCUUGGUGAUCGUUGAAAGUCGAGCGAGAGGCCAAGGCGAGGUCCCAAAAUAUGGCAAGAGACUUGAGCGAGGUGACUGGAUUCAGGACUACUGGUAAAUAGGUAGUAUUGGAACUGGUCUGGUAGUCGUCGUUCAACCCUUCACGCUGCAACGAGCAAAGGGCGCUCCCAACGCCAUGUCCUCGAUGCAUAUCCGGACGCGGCGCUCGUUCAACGAAAAAACACGGCAGCCACGACGAUCAGCUAUAAGAUCGUAUACCGGUAUAUAUCGCUGGGGCUACGGUGCUUGGGCUACGGACUGCAUUCGCUGGGGCGAGAGCUGCACGCUGUUGAAAGUGGGUUGUACCCCUUUUCGUCACCAAUCGGCAAUGUGGUCCUCUUUGUGGCAUGCCAAACGCACCACACAUUUGAUGCAGUUUCGUCCGGAGCGAUGACGAUGCUGACCAAGAUGACUGCGCGCAUGGCCUCGCGCCUUGCCACGCGCCGCGCAUCGACGAUGCAAAUCUGCGAAGACAUUGCGUCCUUCCGCCAGGCGAGGGCUGCGGUGCCAGCGGGCGCGACUGUCGGCUUUGUCCCGACCAUGGGGGGCCUCCACGCCGGGCACAUGUCGCUCAUUGCCGAGGCCAAGGCCACGUGCGACGUCGUCGUCUCGAGUGUGUUUGUGAACCCGGCGCAGUUUGGCCCGAAUGAAGAUUUCGACAAGUACCCGCGCACGUUUGAAGCCGACAUGGCCAAGCUGCGGGAGCAGGGCGUCGACAUCGUCUUUGCGCCGACGACAGCCACCAUGUAUCUGCCCGACCACCGGUCGUAUGUCGAUCCCGUUGGCUUUGACGACGUGCCCGAAGGCCAGUGCCGGCCCGGCUUCUUCCGCGGCGUCGCGACGGUCGUCGCCAAGCUCUUCAACAUCGUGUCUCCGACGCACGCGUUCUUUGGGCAAAAGGACGCGGUGCAAUGUGUCGUCAUCAAGCGGCUCAUCGAAGACCUCAACUUUCCGAUCACGCUUCGCGUGAUGGACACGAUGCGGGAAGACGACGGUCUCGCCAUGUCGACGCGCAACCAGUACCUCUCGCCCGACGAGCGUGUCGCGUCCAGCAUUCUCUACGCUGGUCUGCGCCAGGCCAAAGCCGACUUUGACGCGGCGACGACAGCGACUUUGCCGGCGGCGACGCUCCGCGCGACGAUUGAGCGCAUCUACCGCACGGAGCCGCUCGUGGGCGAGAUCCAGUACAUUUCGAUUGGCUCGAAAGCGACCAUGGAAGAGCUUGUGGACGUCGACACGACACAAGGCGCCGUGAUCUCGGUGGCCGUCAAGGUCGGCGCGUGCCGCCUUAUUGACAACAUUGUGUUGUGAUCGAGCGUGUCAUAACCAAUCAUAGAAGAGCGACGCAAAGCCACUGGCUUAGGGAUUCAUUCAAGUACAUCGG